AUGAGCGGACAGAUGAUGGUCAAACCAACUCAAACUCACGCAGAUCCGGUAAAUUCAGUUGAAUUUGUACCAGAUGAACAUAUGAUUGUUUCUGGGUCUUCUAAUGAUUCAAUCAAAGUACGAGAUGCAAACAGUGGACAUGUCAUUGGCGAGCCUAUUCAUGAACACACUGGCCAUGUGAUUAUAGUUCCAUCUUCACCUGAUGGAAGGAAAUUUACUUCUGCCUCCAAUGAUCAUUCAGUGAGAAUCUGGGAUGCACAGAAUGCUUCAUUGAUAAGGGAACAACUCUAG